GGCCCUUCGGUGGAGCCGGGACGGGGCGCCACAGGCGUAAGCCCGAGGUGACCCGCGCCCCGUCCGGCUCGCUGCAGAGAAGGAGCGCGGCGGGGAGCCCAAGGGGCCCGAGGACAGCGGCGCGGGCGGCGCGGGCUGCGGUGGCGCGGAGGACCCAGCCAAGAAGAAGAAGCAGCGGCGGCAACGGACGCACUUCACAAGUCAGCAGUUGCAAGAGCUGGAGGCCACGUUCCAGAGGAACCGCUACCCCGACAUGAGCAUGCGGGAGGAGAUCGCCGUAUGGACCAACCUCACCGAGCCGCGCGUACGGGUCUGGUUCAAGAACCGGCGGGCCAAGUGGCGGAAGCGCGAGCGCAACCAGCAGCUGGACCUGUGCAAAGGCGGCUACGUGCCGCAGUUCAGCGGCCUGGUGCAGCCCUACGAGGACGUGUACGCCGCCGGCUACUCCUACAACAACUGGGCCGCCAAGAGCCUGGCGCCGGCGCCGCUCUCCACCAAGAGCUUCACCUUCUUCAACUCCAUGAGCCCGCUGUCGUCGCAGUCCAUGUUCUCGGCGCCCAGCUCCAUCUCCUCCAUGACCAUGCCGUCCAGCAUGGGCCCGGGCGCCGUGCCCGGCAUGCCCAACUCGGGCCUCAACAACAUCAACAACCUCACCGGCUCCUCGCUCAACUCG